GAUCGGUAAACACGUGCAAAGAGCUCCGCUCAACGCCACAGUCUGGGCAAAAUAAACGGCGUAAAUUGGAAGAAAGGCAUACGUGGUGAAUCUUUUACUACCACAGUCACCGCGUGAAAAUUCGUGCAGACAGUGUCAUGUAUUGGUGAAAAGUUCCACACGGGAACCGACCAGAAGUGUAGUGCUAAUAAGUCUGUGAAUUUCAUGUGAUUACAGAAAAAAAAUUUUAAAAUUCGGAUUAAGUGACUUCAAGGAAGUUCAGGGUUCUGGAUGUCUACUGUUUUUUAGUUCAUUUUUGAUUGCCCAAAUGAACUGAAUUGAAAUGUAUUAGGUUUUUCAUAAUUUGAAAAAAAGGAAAAUUUUCAUGAUCAAACUGUGUUGGUGAAGCGAUCAGAACCCAACGAGACAGGAAGAAUCAACAAGUGGUAAUAAUCGGUGUCAGUCGAACACAAACAGAGAGACUCGGUAGAAUCGACGGAGAGAGAGAAAGAGAAAGAGAGUUGUUGCGCGAUAGCCAUGUACGGACGAUCUAGCAUAAAUUCCAUCGGUGGUAGAUCAUCAUCAUCCACCACCACCACCAGUGAUGGGGACGAGACUGGGGCUGGCGAUCGUAACAGAGCCCAAAGCCUCAUCAGCACCAGCAGCAACAGCAACAGUAUUGGUGCCGGUGAUUGUUCGUCGUCAGUUGAAACCGGACCGCGUUCAAGUCGAGACGUUCGCCAAAGUAUUUCCAGUAAUCGUAAUUCCUCGGUUGACAGCAGCCAUAUCUACUGCAGUGCCGCCGCCGCCGCCGCCGGUCACCCCCAGAGUCCUGGUGCCGAGUACGAUCCGAACGUGCUGAAGGCUCGCGCCAGUGUCCUUAGUCAAUUGAGCAGUGUAUUCGGCAGUGGUGGUCUAAAGCUCGUCCGUAACAACCCCACAACGCCACCGUUGGCACAGGGAACGCCCCAGUACUAUCAGGAGCUCACGGCGCAGCAGCACCCCCGCGAGUACGACGAUCCAGACGACGAGGAAGCCGAGAUGGAAGCGGAACGGGAACUGGCCGAGGAUGCCCAGUGGAAGCGAAUACAGCAGAACACAUUCACCCGGUGGGCCAACGAACACCUGAAGAUCAUCGAUCGGAACAUCGCCAACCUGGAGACGGACCUGGCCGACGGGUUGAAGCUGAUCGCCCUCAUCGAGGUUCUGUCGCAGAAACGGAUGAGCAAACACAACAAGCGACCCACAUUCCGUAGUCAGAAGCUGGAGAACGUUUCGGUGGCGUUGAAAUUCCUCGAAAUCGAAGGCAUCAAGAUCGUCAAUAUCGAUUCCUCGGACAUCGUUGACUGCAAGCUGAAGCUGAUCAUGGGUCUGAUCUGGACGUUGAUUCUGCACUACUCGAUCUCGCUGCCGAUGUGGGAGGGUGAUGAUCACGAGAAUCAACAGAACGGAAACAACGCCACCCCGAAACAACGGCUGAUGAACUGGAUCCAGCGAUUGGUUCCGGAUUUGCCGAUCAACAAUUUUACGAACGAUUGGACCAGCGGUAAGGCCAUCGGUGCUCUGGUGGACGGUGUAGCCCCGGGCUUGUGUCCCGAUUGGCCCAUGUGGGAUCCGAAGGAUGCCGUCCAGAAUGCCUCCGAAGCCAUGGGACUGGCCGACGACUGGCUCGACGUACGGCAGUUGAUCCGUCCGGAGGAAAUGGUCAACCCGAACAUCGACGAGCAAUCGAUGAUGACGUACCUGUCGCAGUAUCCGAAUGCCAAACUGAAGCAGGGCGCUCCGCUGCGACCCAAGACCAAUCCGAACAGUAUUCCACCGCCGCGAGUUCGUGCGUAUGGACCGGGAAUUGAACCCACAGGGCCGGUGGUUGGAGCUCCUGCGAAUUUCACCGUAGAAACUUUCUCGGCUGGAAAAGGCACGGUUGACGUGGCCGUCCUCAACUCGAACGGGAACUCGGAGAAGGUGGACUGUCGCUUCAACAACGACAAGAAUCUAACCUACUCGGUGUCGUAUGUGCCGAAAAUCGAGGGCCCACACAAAGUGUACGUUAAAUUCUGCGGUCGUGACAUACCGAAAAGCCCGUACGAGGUUCAGGUCGACAGUCAGGCGGGUGAUCCGUCGAAGGUUACCGCCAGUGGUCCUGGUAUCCAGCCGGACGGAGUUUCCGUUAAUAAGCUCACUUACUUCGAUAUCGCAACCAAGGAUGCAGGAAAGGGAGUACCGGAAGUUAUCAUUUUGGAUCCUGCUAACCACAAGACUACGGUAGCUGCGAAACUUCGGCAGCUGGCCGCACAUCAAUAUCGCUGCGAAUAUACUGCCAACAUGAUUGGGUUACACUCCGUCAAUGUUUUCUACAACGGGCAGCAAAUCAAGAAUAGCCCAUUCGGAGUUCGAGUCGCUCCGACCUGCGAUCCCAGAAAGGUACGGGCCAGUGGACGUGGUCUGCAGCCAGUUGGAGUACGCGUAAAUGAUGACGAUGUUAGUUUCAAAAUUUACACCGAAGGAGCUGGCGAAGGAACUCCAGAGGUCAAGGUAUUCGGUCCCGGAGGAGUGAUCCCAGAGUUCAACAUCCGCAAGAUCGAUGGCACAACGUACGAAGCUCAAUACAUUCCAUUGAAGGAGGGUCGCUACAAGAUUUUGGUACUAUUUGGUGGAGUGGAAAUUCCCAAGUCACCAUUCGAAGUUACCGUCGGACCACAGAAGCACACCUCGAUAGUGGCCUACGGGCCGGGACUGAAGUCCGGAAUGGUGGGUAACCCGGCUAGUUUCGUGGUCGAAACCAAUGGUGAAACCGGCAAUUUAGGCUUCAGCAUAGCUGGACCCUCUCAGGCAGAGAUUGAAUGCCACGAUAACGGGGACGGUUCGGCUCUAGUCAAGUAUCAUCCGACCGCUCCGGGAGAAUACGCCGUGCAUAUCCUGUGCGACAAUGAAGAUAUACCUAAAAGUCCGUACAUAGCGCAGAUUCUGCCAAAGCUGGAUGAUUUCCAUCCGGAACUGGUGAAGGUUUCUGGUCCGGGAAUUGAAAAGAAUGGUAGCGUUAUAACGAACAAACCUACUGAAUUUACGGUAGAUGCAAGCAGAGCUGGAGAUGCUCCACUGGAAGUGAAGAUUAAUGAUGUUUUUGCCAACACUGUCCAGCACAAGCUGAUGAAAAACGAGAACGGCACCAGGAAGGUAGUCUACACAGCACCGACUCCUGAUCCGGUAACGGUCGAGGUAAACUACGGUGGUGUGGCGAUUCCCGGCUCUCCGUUCCGCGUGAAUGUGUCAACUCCUUUGGACCCAUCGAAGGUGGAAUUUUUCGGUCCUUGGUUGGAAAGCGGAAAUCGACCAAAUGCGGCUACCCAUUUCAACGUUGACGCCAGAAACGCUGGAAACGGUCUGUUGGAGGUCAAUUUAAUCCACGACGAAACGAAACAGAAAAUCCCCGUGCGCAUCAUUGACAACGAUGACAAUACGUACGCAGUCGAAGUUAUUCCUCCGCUGGCCGGAACUUACACCACGAAUCUGGUAUACGGUGGACUGAAGGUCCCGAUUGCUCCGAAGGUUACCGUCAGUCCGGCGGUCGAUGUAUCCAAAAUUAAAGUCGAUGGCUUGGAACCAACGGCUCCGUUGAACAGUUUGCAGCAGUUCCGGGUGAUCACGAACGGUAUCGGUAAGGCCGAUCUAGCCGUCACAAUAACCAGUCCUUCCGGGAAUCGCAUCAAAGCUCAUGUGAUCCCGACGGCGGAAGGUUUUCUAGUCAACUUCACUCCGACCCAGCUGGGCGAAUAUCUACUUAGCGUAAGUUUCGGUGGUACUCCAAUAACUCCCCAACCCUUCCGGUUGCAGUGUUUGGUGGGUUCCGACUGUCGCAAGGUUCAAGCAAGUGGUCCCGGUCUGAUCAAAGGUAUUAUGAAUCGUCCGGCGGAGUUUAUGAUAGAUACCCGCGGGGCCGGCCAAGGUGGACUCGGAGUUACCGUGGAAGGGCCCUGCGAGGCGGCCAUAAACUGUAGGGACAACGGAGACGGAACUUGCAAUGUAGCCUACCUUCCCACCGAAGUCGGUGACUACACGAUCAACAUAACCUUCAACGAUGAUCACAUCGCGGGUUCGCCUUUUCAGGCGAUCAUCUUCCCGGAGCCUAAUCUGAGUCGCAUUAGAGUAUCCGGAAUGGGAAUUCAACCGCACGGUGUCAUCAUGAACGCCCCGACCGACUUCAUGGUCGACAUGAGCAAGGUCGGUGACGAUGUGGAUAAGAGCAAACUGUCGUGCAACAUUUUCGAUCCUCGGGGAAACGAAAUACCCAGCAAGCUGGUGCCAAGCGAUAACAGUGACAUCUUCCGCAUCAUGUACACUCCAUUCGAAGCUGGUCGUCACACGAUCGAACUAUUGUACGACAAUGUGCCCGUACCUGGGUCACCGUUCGUUGUGAAUGUAAAAUCUGGAUGUGAUCCAACACGCUGCCGUGCGUUCGGUCCAGGACUGGAACAGGCUCUUACCGAUCAACCGGCAACAUUCACCGUUGAAACGCGUGGUGCUGGAGCUGGCGGUUUGUCACUGGCGAUCGAGGGUCCUUCGGAAGCUAAAAUGAGUUGCACCGACAAUCGAGACGGGUCCUGUGAUGUGGAAUAUAUCCCAACUGAACCGGGCGAGUAUGACAUCACCAUUCGUUUCGCGGAAAAACACAUCCCUGGUUCACCGUUCAAGAUCAUAGUCACCGAAUCAACGCGUCCGGAAAAGGUGAAGGUCUACGGACCGGGCAUCGAACACGGACAGGUUUACGACGGUCUUCCGGCCGAAUUCUACAUCGACUGCGGACAAGCAGGACCGGGAAAAAUUGCCGUCAAGCUGACUUCGUCCGAUGGAAAACCAAUCAGCGUUCAUGUGGAGGACAAGGGUGACGGUGUUUACGCUGUAUCGUACAUCCCGCCCAAGGAAGGUUCCGUCCUAACUGCAAACGUCCGAUUCGCCGAUCAGGAAGUUAGUGCCAGUCCGUUUGUUAUGACGGUUGCUCCGGCUCCGAGCGACACUGCCGCUCCGGGUAAGGUUUACGGCGAUGCGACAACUAAGAAAAAUCUCCCGGCAUCGCUUCCGGCCAAGUUCCAGAUCGAUGCACCGAAAAAAGGAACCAAUGAUGCUCCGGGAAAGGAAGAUAUCAACGUUAGCAUCAAGGGUCCCGACGGAAAACCGCUUGUUCCGAAGAUGGAGCAAGUCGAGGACGGCACCUACGCCGUAACCUUCGUACCGGACGAGUGCGGACCUUACAACGUCAGUAUUAAGUGCGGUGGAAAGGAUGUAGUAGGAUCACCGUUCCUGCUGCAAGCCAUACCUACUGGAGAGGCGGAGAAAGUAAAACUGUUGGAAGCUAUUCCGACCAAUCAAGAGUACGGCAAGAAGAAUCAUGUGGCACUGGACGCACGCGAAGCUGGAACCGGUGCGGUUACGUGCAAGAUCGUAUCCCACUCGGAAGCUAGUGACGUCGAUCUGGAGGUAAUCGAAAAGGAUGGCUUCUUCGACAUCUUCUACACCCUGAAGGACCCGGGAGACUACGAUUUGGAUAUCAAGUUUGGCGGCCAGAAUAUCCCGAAUGGAGUUUUCACGAUCAAGGCCGUUGAAAGCGUUGAAGAACAGGUCACAAGCAGUACCAGUAGUACGACUAAGACCUCAUCGGCGACGGUCUCGGAAAAUCAGCAGAUCUACCAACACCAGGAGUCCUACGUCGAACAGGUCUCAUCCGUGAGCAAAUCCAAGCAGUUUCAUCAGCAGAAAGCGUGCGAAGAGUUCCUGAUCCGGGAACGAUUAGUUAACGGCAAGUACGAAAACGGACUCACCAACGGAAACCACGUAAACAGUGUUGUACACUCGGACGGGGCCGUUAGCAGUCACGUAGCCAAUAGUACCAGUAGUAAGAGUAGCGUAACUAGUAGUUCGGCGACUGCAACCAGCACCACCACUUCCAACUCCAUCAAUUCCACAACCAAUUCAGCCAACUUCCGAAACUUCAGGCUCGAUCGGUUGAAUCUACCGCAGACUGGAGGUGUAGUGACCGCAGACAUCAAGAUGCCAAGCGGAGAGGUAGACAAGCCGGUGAUUGAGGAUAAUCACGAUGGUACCGUUUCGAUCAAGUACGACCCGAAGGAGGAAGGAGUUCACGAACUUGCGGUGAAGUACAAUGGUGAGCACGUGCAGGGAUCUCCGUUCAAGUUCCACGUCGACUCGAUUGCCAGCGGCUACGUGACAGCGUACGGACCGGGACUGACGCAUGGUGUGACCGGUGAACCAGCCCAGUUUACAAUUUCCACCAAGGGUGCAGGCGCCGGAGGUCUGCAAAUGGCCGUCGAAGGUCCCAGCAAAGCUGACAUUACCUAUCACGACAACAAAGACGGUACCGUUUCGGUAUCCUAUCUACCGACUGCGCCAGGAGAGUACAAGAUCACCGUUCGAUUUGGCGAUAAGCACAUCAAGGGUUCACCGUACUUUGCCAAGAUCACCGGUGAGGGUCGUAAACGUAACCAGAUCUCCGUCGGAUCCUGUUCGGAAGUCACUCUGCCGGGUGUCAUCUCCGACCAAGAUCUUCGCUCACUGAACGCGUCGAUUCAGGCACCAUCCGGUUUGGAAGAGCCAUGCUUCCUGAAGCGUAUGCCAACGGGAAACAUCGGAAUCUCGUUUACUCCACGUGAGGUCGGCGAACAUACGGUUUCCGUGAAACGCAUUGGCAAACACAUUGCCAAUUCGCCCUUCAAGGUGAAAGUGUGUGAACGCGAGGUGGGUGAUGCGAAGAAAGUCAUUGUCACUGGAAACUCGUUGAAGGAAGGCAAGACGCACUCGGACAAUGUCUUCUCGGUCGAUACGCGAAACGCCGGUUACGGUGGUCUGUCCCUGUCCAUCGAAGGUCCAAGCAAAGCCGAAAUCCAAUGCACCGACAAGGAGGACGGUACCCUGAACAUCUCCUACAAACCCACGGAACCGGGAUACUACAUCGUCAAUCUGAAGUUUGCCGAUCACCACGUCAGCGGAUCACCUUUCACCGUGAAGGUCUCCGGUGAGGGUACCAACCGGCAACGUGAAAAGAUACAGCGUCAACGAGAAGCCGUCCCAGUGACCGAAGUCGGUAGUCAAUGUAAACUAACCUUUAAAAUGCCCGGAAUAACCUCGUUCGAUCUGUCGUCAACGGUUACCUCACCUGGUGGAGUGACCGAGGAUGCCGAAAUACAGGAAAUCGAAGACGGUCUGUAUGCGGUUCACUUCAUCCCCAAGGAGCUCGGUGUGCACACUGUCUCCGUCAAGUACAAGCAGAUUCAUAUUCCUGGAUCUCCAUUCCAGUUCACCGUGGGUCCCCUGAAGGAUACCGGUUCUCAUUUGGUUAAGGCCGGUGGCCCUGGAUUGGAACACGGAGAGCAGGGCGUCCCGUGUGAGUUCAAUGUAUGGACUCGCGAAGCUGGUGGUGGCACUUUGGCCAUUUCGGUUGAAGGUCCCAGCAAGGCUGACAUCGAGUUCAAGGAUCGCAAGGACGGAUCGUGUGAUGUGUCCUAUGUGGUCAGUGAACCAGGUGACUACCGUAUCGGGCUUAAGUUCAAUGACCGUCAUAUUCCGGACUCACCGUUUAAGGUUUACGUUUCGCCGGCAAUGGGUGAAGCCCACAAACUAGAGAUUGCCCAAUUCCCGACCUGCCCGGUUCAGGCUGACAAACCAGCGCAGUUCAUCGUUCGGAAGAAUGGUGCCAAGGGUGACCUGGACGCUAAGGUCGUAGCCCCAUCGAACAACGAGGACGAUUGCUUCAUCCAGCUAAUCGAUCACGAUCAAUACUCGGUACGUUUCUAUCCACGGGAGAACGGAAUCCAUGCGAUCCACGUCAAGUUCAACGGUGUGCACAUCCCCGGAUCGCCCUAUCGUAUCAAGGUUGGCAAGGAUGACGUUGACCCGGCAGCAGUUCAUGCAUCCGGCAAAGGCUUGGGCGAUGUGAAAACCGGCGAAAAAACUGACCUUAUCAUCGACACCUGCAAUGCUGGCGCUGGAACACUUGCCGUUACCUUGGAUGGUCCGUCGAAGGUGGCGAUGGAUUGCACGGAAGUCGAGGAAGGCUACAAGGUGCGAUACACGCCUCUGUUACCCGGUGUUUACUACAUGACCAUCAAGUACAACCAAAUGCACAUCGUCGGAUCGCCCUUCAAAAUCAUUUGCACAGGUGUUACAGGUGAGAAGCUCGCGGAGGAAGGUGGCCAGGAAACGUCUUCGGUAACAGUCGAAACGGUCGCCAAAGUCUCGAAAGCCGGCAGUCGAGCCGGUGUCAUUCUGCCAAUCUUCAAAUCCGACGCUAGCAAAAUACAAUCAAAGGGCAUGGGUCUCAAGAAGGCAUACCUAGGCAAACAGAACCAGUUUACGUUGAACGCUGGAGACGCAGGAAACAACAUCCUAUUCGUUGGCAUUUACGGACCGAAGGGACCCUGCGACGAGGUGUUCAUCAAGCAUACCGGCCGCAACCAGUACACCGUGAACUACCUGGUGCGCGAACGUGGCGAAUACAUCCUGCUGGUGAAAUGGGGCGACGAUCACAUCCCUGGUUCGCCGUUCAAGGUCGAAGUGUAAGGUGUAAACGUAGCUACUACCGCCCUCCUCAUUGCCAUCGCCAUUCGUCGACCUUUCGUCCUUCCCCUUCCUUCCGAUCAGCCCUCUAGGAAGUGUAGUUUGUGUGUGUGCGUGCGUUAGUGCCUUCUCAUCCCAAACUCUAGAAGAAUUAAAAAAAACGUCACUUCAAACCGACCAACAAAUGUUCGAACCAGUGUCAUUUUGUUUAAACACACACUUCAGAAACCAGAAAUACAUUUUGCAUGAAAGACAUGAAGGAACAAACAUGGAAAACUAGCAACACGUUCUACAGACAGACAGACAGUGCAGUCAGUUCAAACUGAAGACAAAAAGAACCUACCAAGCACAGCAGAAAAGAAGAGACAGGGAGACCAAUCAGCUCACGCACUCAAAUAUAGUAGAACUUUCCCCAUUUUCUGAACAUAUAGAUAUGGAAAUUUUAAGGCCGCAAUCCACGAGACAAAGACAAACUAAUAAAUAACUAAGAAGCGUCACCGAGAAUUUUCGAUCGAACUAAAAAAAAAAUCAACAACCUUAUAUUGGAGUUAUUGAAACCGAAGAACAGAUGUCAAUCAGUCAAUAUCUACCUACCAACCUAUCAAUCUCGAAACAACAAAAAAAAACGGCAAAAUCAUUAAACAUACGCGAGAACAAUCAUUGAUGUUAUCCUAGUUAUUAUUACUAUCAAUUACGAUGAAGUUCGAUUAAGUUUAAUUUUUCUUUGAUUCAUUUUUUCUCUUCCAUGUCCGUGUUUUUACCAGCGCGGAAUAUCAUCUCAGCCUACUGAUGUUUUGUUUUUGUCUCGUAAUAUUAGUUUUAUUUUCUUUGUCUAAGAUUUUUUUUUCUCUCUUUUAUGUUGAACAUUUUUAUGGAGAAGAUGAUAUCAUUAUUUAUUAUUUUCUUUGAGAAGGAAAUUUUUAAAAUUAUAAAAAACAACAAAUAAAAACGUUAAUAAUA